AUGCUUCCCAAGACCACUGGGGAAGAGAGAAGCAAGCACGAACCGAAGAAGAAAGGGAAACUGAAAAACAUGGCAGGCAAAUUGCUGAGGACUAUAGCUGGGGGGAAAGAAGCAGCUGAAAAGAUGCUUGAAAAUGAGAAUUUURCAGGGAAUUUGAUUGAGAUUGCAACAUCCAAGAAGGAAGUAGAAAAGAGAUCUGCAGAGGAAACCAUCCACGGAUUCAUUAACCAAGGGAAACCUUUUGAAGCUUGUAAACAUAUUUGUAACCUGGAGUGUUCUGGAAGUGAUGGUGUGGAAAAGUGUGAAAAACUUUAUGCCCUGCUGGCUGAAGAGAUGUGGUCCAUUGUGGAAAAAGCUUUCAGCGGAUGUGACAGGAUGUUCCUGGAGCCCUUGCAGUCAGUGAGCGAAUUGCUGAGGUGGGAGAAGGAGAAGAAGAAGGAGUUGUUUGGUAGCGGCCAAGAGAUGGAGCCUGUUUCCACCUGGAGUCCAGGAUUCUGCAAGAAAGACUUGGAGGACAAGCUAAUUCAGUACAUGACAGCUCAGAUUCCUCCCUUCAAUUCCACUAAUAACACAGAYGAAACUACAUUAAAGCAGCAUCUAAGAGAACUGGAAAUGACUUUUCUGUCCAGCCUGGAGCACAAAAGUGGUUUCUUCAAGGAAGCAGGUCUGCUGCCCAUCUACACCCACUGCUCUCACGCCUGCCUGUCUUCUCACCUGUCCACCCUCACUGACAUGAACCAUGCUAGCUUCAGCCAAUGUCUUUUAGUUUAUGAAUGGUGCCUUAAAAUGUACCAAAGUGGCAACUGCAGCCAGACCCUUCGUGCACAGCACCUCAUGUGGAUUAUUUUCAAGACAGAGGAAAAGUUACUYGCAAUCACCCAGAAGGAGGUAGAGGCAGCCCUGAAAGCAGCCUUUGGCAUGGAGGGAUCCCCUGGUGCCAGCACUGCAGUCAUUCAGGCGAUAGCAGRGAAGACAGAGGCUGCCCAGCGCGUCGGCAGGAGCCUGCAGGAGCGCGUGGGAGCCGUGUGCCUGCAGGAGAGCCUGAGCUUCCUCCAGAGCUAUGAAAAUGAAGUAAGAAGAUUUCUGCAGCCCAGUGACCRGCUGGUCAGCAACAGCCUACGAGUCCUUGAGAACUGCUGCAUUCUCAGAGUUGUCUGGCAUAAGAUAAUCUGCAUCUGCAGUGUCAGCAGUGACCAGGAUGUUAAGGUAAAAGGAUUUCUAGAACAUCUGGAACGCAAGAUUGUAGACCAGCUUCUGCAGAAAAUCACAUCUGAAGUCAAGAGAGCACUGAAGGAUUACUUCAAAAACUGUGACAGCGGUUUAGGUGACAUCCUUGAACCAUUAAAGAAAAACUUUUUGGCCUUUAAAUGGAAAAAUGCAGCCAUAUAUGAGGUCCUUGUCAAGAAUGUCCAUGACGUCAUUAUUAGAGAAUAUGCACAGGCUCUUCUGACCAUUUCCAAGAAACCAUUAUGUGGGCAGAGGAGAAGAAUUGUCAGCAGGAUAGAAGAAGAUCAUAGGAUGCUGCAAACCAUCGUUACAGAGUGCUUAGGUCCUAAAGCAGAUUCCCUCAAGGAUCUAAUAAAAGCAGUCUUAGAGCUUAUUCAAACUACUGAUUCGGAGGCAAUGAAAAUAGCCCUAGUGCCCAUUCUCAGAGAUUUUCCUAAUCUAAGGAAAGAACAUCUGAGUAUCAUUCUGUACCUCAAAGACUCGCUCAGCCGAGGAGACAGAACUGCUCUCUUGAAGACAUUUAAUGAUAAUUAUGAGGCAACAAGAACAAACUCGCUUUUUGAAGAUAUAGAAGUUAAGCCUGGGAGAUUUAAACUCUGUUGCUGCUUCUGUUGUUAGCAAAGAUCUGCUGUGAAAAACAAGAGAUGU